AUGUCACAACCAUCCACCAACACAAACAGCCACAAGAUGUGGGACAAAACCAAAACCUACGGCAAAAUGGGCUUCGACAAAGCCUGGGGCGCCCUCGACAAGCUAGGUGCCCCCGUCAACCGACUCAGCAAUAAGUUGGGCUCCGAAGCCUUCUGGCCCAUGACCCUCGACAAAGAAAGCGAAAAGGUCGCCCGGAUUCUCCGCAGUUUCUGCAAAGAUGGCGUGUACGUGGACGAACCAGCCGCGGACACUGCGCCCCCUGUCAACAGCAACGAAGCAUCAUCAUCGAAACAGAAGAUUGACAAGCCUCGCGGAAAACAAAAGGUGCUGAAGAAGAUCCCCUCGGAAGUGAUUCGGCAGGCCAAGGGCAUCGUUGUGUUCACGGCCAUGAGAACGGGCUUGUGGUUCAGUGGAGCCGGUGGAAGUGGCAUUCUGAUCGCCCGGGUGCCGGAGACGGGGGAGUGGAGUGCCCCGUCGGGAAUCUUGUUGCAUACGGCUGGAUUGGGAUUCCUUGUUGGCGCGGAUAUCUACGACUGCGUGAUGGUCAUCAAUACCUACGAGGCGCUGGAAGCAUUCACCAAGGUUAGAGUGACGCUCGGCAGCGAGAUCACUGUUGCUGCGGGCCCGAUUGGCAUGGGCGGGGUGUUGGAGUCGGAGGUACAUAAGCGCCGGGCGCCGAUUUGGUGCUAUGUCAAGAGUAGGGGUUUCUACGCGGGGGUGCAAAUUGAUGGAACAAUUGUUAUUGAGCGCAACGAUGAGAACGAGAGGUUCUAUGGUCGGAAAAUUCCAGUCAAGGAGAUCCUGAGUGGCCACGUGCGCACGGAUAACCCGUCCGUGCGAAUGUUGACGCACACGCUACGUUCCGCGCAGGGAGAUGCCAACUUUGACCAGGCUCCUGCUGGAGUGCAAGCGCCCAUGGGACCGAGUCCUAGUGAUUAUGCACCUGAGGAUCUUCAACAUACUCAUAUGGUUAACACUGGGGCGGCUCCAGGCGAGGGAGCACCAUAUCAGCCCGGUCAAUAUCCUCCUGGGCCCCAAGCUGGUCCUGGUCCUGGUCCGCAAUAUCAAGCCGGUUCCCAGUACCAGCAAGGACCCCAGCAUCAGCAAGGACCUCAGUAUCAGCAAACACCUCAGUAUCAGCAAGGACCCCAGUAUCAGGGUAAUCCGCAGUAUCAACAUGGUGCCCCGUAUCAGCCAGGUCCUCAAUAUCAACAACCGGGUGCGCCAUACCAACCUGGUCCCCAGUAUCACCCGGGCCAUCAGUAG